UAAUUAGGAUUGAGGAGGAGCUAAGGAAAUUUUAUGAUUUACAAAUUGAAUGUUAGAUUGAAGAAUUUGAUGACGCGAAGUAAUGAGAAUGCUUAGGCCAUAGCAGCAUUUUGGAUGAAAAUUGAAUGGCGAUGAUUGAUUGAAGGAAAAUGGAGGUGGGGUCGUCUCUUUGACUCAGUGGGUCCACGCCGAGUUUGGUAGACAGAAAACCAGCAACGAUAAAUAAUCAAUCAAAGUUGCAGAAGUUUCUAUCACAUAAUUAAAGGGAGAUAGGAAUGACAGUGAUUUUUAAUUGGUGCUUGACUUGAUCAUCUAGGGCUUUCUUUCUCUUUGCUCUCUAUGUGAACAGGAAUCCUAACACGGCCUUGCUGAAGUAGACGCUGUAACUCUCUUUCUUGCUUCGUUUGUUUGAACCAAGAGUUGAACAUGUCUUUGGUCGGAUCUGCCGCGCUGUUUAGGAGCCCUGAGCCGUAUUCGUUGAAAGAUGACAACGAUAGCUCGGGGCUAUCAACAUCUGGUUUUUAUUCGUACAGCAGUGACAGUUACGAUCCAAAGUAUUUCCUCGACUCACCAUCUAGUUCUGAUGUGUUAGGCCACCAGAUUCAGUCCUCGUCUUCUCAGCAUAGUUCUGGUGAAAAUCCAUUCCAAUCCUCGUUAGGGUUCGAUUACGCCUCUGAAUUGGAUAGUCCCCGUAACAUAGACUAUGAUGAAGAUAAGUUGAAUUUAAAGCUUCAAGAACUCGAGAAGGCGCUUCUCGAUGAUAAUGCCGCCACCAUGGAGAUUGAUGGCAAUUUCCUCGACUCGCCAAAGGAAUCUUCAUCCUCUGAUUCUAAUCUCAGCAGCACAACCAGCGGUAAGGAAAUGGUGAUCUCCGGUCCACUGUCUCGUAAGCAUAUGCUCUUCGAGUGUGCUGCUGUCGUCCAUAACGGAGAUUUCAAGCGAGCAUCGAGCAUGAUCAGUGUUCUCAGGCAGCAUGUCUCGAUCCAGGGAGACCCUUCGGAGCGUAUUGCAGCUUACAUGGUUGAAGCUCUCGUAGCCCGGAUUGCAGCAUCGGGGAGAGGUCUCUACCGAGCACUGAAAUGCAAAGAGGCCCCCUCGUCCGACCGCCUCUCGGCGAUGCAGGUUCUCUUCGAGGUGUGCCCGUGCUUUCGCUUUGGUUUCAUGGCAGCAAACGGCGCAAUUCUCGAGGCAUUUAGAGAUGAGAAAAGAGUUCACAUUGUGGAUUUUGAUGUGAACCAAGGCAGUCAGUACUACACUUUGCUGCAAACGCUAGCUAAUACUUCCGGCGACCGCCCGCACGUGCGGCUGACAGGAGUCGACGACCCAGAAUCGGUCCAACGUCCGGUCGGGGGCCUAAAGAUCAUAGGGCAGAGGCUGGAGCUACUUGCUAAACAGCUGCACCUCUCCUUCGAGUUCAAAGCUGUCCCAGCCGAAACCGCUCUAGUCUCACCGUCUGUGCUCGACUGCCGGCCCGGGGAGGCGCUCGUCGUGAACUUCGCCUUCCAGCUCCACCACCUACCCGACGAGAGUGUGUCGACCGUGAACCUCCGCGACCAGCUCCUCCGGAUGAUCAAGGGCUUGAAACCAAAACUCGUGACCGUUGUCGAGCAGGACAUGAACACGAACACCUCCCCUUUCCCGCAGAGGUUCGCAGAAGCCUACAACUACUACUCCGCCGUGUUCGAAUCCCUCGAUGCGACCCUGGCUAGGGAGAGCCAGGACCGGAUGAACGUCGAGAAGCACUGCCUCGCCCGAGACAUCAUCAACGUCGUGGCAUGCGAGGGGGAGGAGAGGAUCGAGCGGUACGAGGUGGCCGGGAAAUGGAGGUCGAGGAUGACCAUGGCUGGGUUCACCGCGUGCGGCAUCAGCUGGAACGUUCGGAGCGAGAUCGAGAAGCUCAUACAGCAGUACUCGGAGAGGUACAAGGUGAAAGAGGAGAAAGGGGCUCUGCAUUUUGGAUGGGAGGAGAAGACAUUGAUAGUCAGCUCAGCUUGGCGAUAGCUGAUAUCACAUGAUGCGAGGGAAAAAGAAGAUAAAUGGUUGUUAGUUAGUUUGUUGGUUAGUUGGUUAUUUUAGUUUGGGUUAUGUAAUGUAAUGACUAACUAACUAUGUAACUAUCGGGUUUUUAUAUCCGCAUUUCUGUCUUGUCUUGUAAGGAUCUUGUUAAAGAAUGAAUGGACUUUUUAUUUUUUUGAAAA